GCUUUGCAGCUGGAUUUUUCUCUUCCCUUCCUCCUUCCCCUUGGAGACUGUCACCGAGCGGGCCGAGUCCGGGUGGCGGCGCCGGGCGCAGCGCGGGGGUCCCGGCGACGGCGGCGGCUGACGGCGGGCAGGGCAGGCUCACUUCGCCGCUCGUCCUCCUUCCCCGCUCCGCUCGGUGUCAGGCGCGGCGGCGGCGGCGGCAGCAGCAGCAGCAGCAGCAGCCGCCGCCUCAGCCGCCUCAGCCGCCUCAGCCUCAGCCUCAGCCUCAGCGCGGCGGGCGCCCGCCCUGCCUGCUCCAGCUUCCCGGCGGCCCGGCGCGAGCGCGCGUCCUCUCCCGGCUCUCGUCCGCCCCUUCACCCCGGGGACCGGGAGCCACGUCCGGCGCAGCUCAGGGAGCGGGGGCCGCGCUCCUGCUCGGCGGCCGCGCCUCCAUGUCGGACAACCAGAGCUGGAACUCGUCGGGCUCCGAGGAGGAUCCCGAGACGGAGUCGGGGCCGCCUGUGGAGCGCUGUGGGGUGCUGAGCAAGUGGACAAACUACAUUCAUGGGUGGCAGGAUCGUUGGGUAGUUUUGAAAAAUAAUACUUUGAGUUACUACAAAUCUGAAGAUGAGACAGAGUAUGGCUGCAGAGGUUCCAUCUGUCUUAGCAAGGCUGUCAUCACGCCUCAUGAUUUUGAUGAAUGUCGAUUUGAUAUUAGUGUAAAUGAUAGCGUUUGGUAUCUUCGAGCUCAGGACCCAGAUCACAGACAACAGUGGAUUGAUGCUAUUGAACAGCACAAGACUGAAUCUGGAUAUGGAUCUGAAUCCAGCUUACGCCGACACGGGUCAAUGGUAUCACUAGUGUCUGGAGCAAGUGGUUAUUCUGCAACAUCAACCUCUUCAUUCAAGAAAGGUCACAGUUUACGUGAGAAAUUGGCUGAAAUGGAAACCUUUAGAGAUAUCCUAUGUAGACAAGUUGAUACUCUACAGAAGUUCUUUGAUGCCUGUGCUGAUGUUGUCUCCAAGGAUGAACUUCAAAGGGAUAAAGUGGUAGAAGAUGAUGAAGAUGACUUUCCUACAACACGUUCUGAUGGGGAGUUCUUACAUAAUACCAAUGGCAAUAAGGAAAAACUAUUUCCACAUAUAACACCAAAAGGAAUUAAUGGUAUAGACUUUAAAGGGGAGGCAAUAACUUUUAAAGCAACUACCGCUGGAAUCCUUGCUACACUUUCUCAUUGUAUUGAACUAAUGGUUAAACGUGAGGACAGCUGGCAAAAGAGAAUGGAUAAGGAAUCUGAAAAGAGAAGACGAGCAGAAGAAGCAUAUAAAAAUGCCAUGAUAGAACUUAAGAAAAAAUCUCAUUUUGGAGGACCAGAUUAUGAGGAAGGGCCCAACAGCCUGAUUAAUGAAGAAGAAUUUUUUGAUGCUGUUGAAGCCGCUCUCGACAGACAAGAUAAAAUAGAAGAACAGACGCAGAAUGAAAAGGUCAGGUUACAUUGGCCUACAUCUAUGCCAUCUGGAGAUACCUUUUCUGCUGUGGGGACACAUAGAUUUGUCCAAAAGCCCUAUAGUCGCUCUUCCUCCAUGUCUUCCAUUGAUCUAGUCAGUGCCUCUGACGAUGUUCACAGAUUCAGCUCCCAGGUUGAAGAGAUGGUGCAGAACCAUAUGACUUACUCUUUGCAGGAUGUAGGUGGAGAUGCCAAUUGGCAGCUGGUUGUAGAAGAAGGAGAAAUGAAGGUCUAUAGAAGAGAAGUAGAAGAAAAUGGGAUUGUUCUGGAUCCUUUGAAAGCUACCCAUGCAGUUAAAGGUGUUACAGGACAUGAGGUCUGCAAUUACUUCUGGAAUGUUGAUGUUCGCAAUGACUGGGAAACAACGAUAGAGAACUUUCAUGUGGUGGAAACAUUAGCUGAUAACGCAAUCAUCGUUUAUCAAACACACAAGAGAGUCUGGCCUGCUUCUCAGAGGGAUGUAUUAUAUCUUUCUGCCAUCCGGAAGAUACCAGCCUUGACUGAAAAUGACCCUGAAACUUGGAUAGUAUGUAAUUUUUCCGUGGAUCAUGAUAGUGCUCCCCUAAACAAUCGAUGUGUCCGUGCCAAAAUAAACAUUGCUAUGAUUUGUCAAACCUUGGUAAGCCCACCAGAGGGAAACCAGGAGAUUAGCAGAGACAAUAUUCUAUGCAAGAUUACAUAUGUAGCUAAUGUGAACCCUGGAGGAUGGGCACCAGCCUCAGUGUUAAGGGCAGUGGCAAAGCGAGAGUAUCCAAAGUUUCUAAAACGUUUUACUUCUUAUGUUCAAGAGAAAACUGCAGGAAAACCUAUUUUAUUCUAGUAUUAACAGUGACAGAAGCAAGGCUGUGUGACAUUCCAUGUUGGAGGAAAACAUGAAAACAAAAUUGAGUGCUCUAAGCUGGAACGUAGGAUCUACAGCCUUGUCGGUGGCCCUGACCCUUGGCCUUGUGUACAAAAGUAAAGAAAUACUGCAAAAGUGAAGAGGAACAUGUAACACAAGCUGUCUCCUGCUAGAUCACCUUACUCAGCAUAUAACUAUAUAAAUACAUGUACAAUUACAUGUAUAUGGCUAUAUUUUUAUUUUCUUGUUCCUAGAAGAGAAAUCAACCUUGAAUCACAACUAGGAAUUAAUGCUUUAAUUUUUGGAAAUUUUUCCAGAAUUUUUAAUUUACUACAGUCUGGCCUAGGAUCCUCCAUUAUUGCCAGGUUUUGUGCACAAAAGCAGAGCACAGGAGUUAGAGUGCACCUGGGGCAUGUGCUUUCUGUGCACCCAAUAUCUGGAUGGGGAUCUUUUUUGAGGCCUACAGUCAAAUUUGUGCCCAGAACUUUUUGACAUUUUGCUUUGUAUAAUCAUAGAAUUCAUUGCUGCUGGUUUCUAUAAUGAUUCAUGUUGCUGUGUAAAGUGUCUCAAAAACUGAGGUCUGUCAGUAUCCUAUGAUUUUUGCCUUUUCUACAGUCUUACUCCCAUGAAGAACUUUGUUUCUGAUGGAGAAAGAAUGAAGAGCUUUAUUUCUCCCUCCCCCAACAGAUACCUAUAUUUUUUAUUAUAAUUUUUUAGUUGUGACUGUGUUACAUACUUUCUUUUUUUUCUACCUUUUUUUUUUUUCAGUUUGUUACAAACACAGCUUGGUAAUCCCUAAAUGUGUUCUGCCAGUGUCCAACAGAAACAUCUAUAAAAAAAACUUGUGAAUGUGACUUUCUGAUAAAGUGGUCAGGAUAAAAUAUGCUCAUGUUUUCCUGAAAUUUGUAGGAAGAUGUUGUCAUAACUUGUUGAAGUAGGCUGCUCGGUUUGGUUCUAAUAUUCAGUAACAGCUAUGUUUGUUACUACUUCUAAAUUCAUUUAAAAACAGACACAGAAAUAUUUGCCUCCUUUAAGAACCUUCGGCAGAGUAGUAAAAGAUUCCGUGUCAUUCAAACUGAAAUUCUUUCCUUGGUUGCUUGUUUGUAACUUAUAUGUAAAAUACCCAUUUUUAGUUUUAGGCCUCUGAAAAACUUUGAAGCAUGGAGUUGAGGCAAGGAAUGAUACUCAUUGAAGUAAAAAUGACUGCCCACUUCAGAAUCUUCAUUGUUCCAAUACACAUAUGUGCUUACAUAAAUCAGAGGCAUUUUUAGGUGCUUUGCUAACUUACCCAUCUCUGUAGAAACACAGAAAUCAGACCCAUUUGUAAAGCAGAAAGUCCUAUCAUGUAUAACAUGUUUGUAUAUAUAUAUUUCAUACAUGGUGAUGGUGUCUUAAUGAGAAAUGCAAGAUAAUAAUGAUGGGAUUAGUAUGACAUUUAAUAUGCACUAUCCUGGAAGUGAUUUCUUGCAUCAAAUAUAGUGGUAUUUAUUAUUCUGUACAGAGAGAAAAUACAUAUAAAACAUAUGCUUACAUGCACGCAGAUUUCAUGCUUCAUAAAUCUUUUCUAUUUUUUAAUUUACCUUUCUCUAAAUGAUGUGCAUGGAAUAUGCCUUAUUAUAGAAAAAUGCUGUUCAUAAUUUGACUGCGUGGAAAAGUGCCUAUAUGGUGGUAAUGCUACUAAGGCAAAUAAGACAAAUUAUCAUAUCAGUUUUACUACAUCACCAGUUAACAUUUUAUAUUGUGAUGUUUAAAAAAGAAAAGUUUAUACCUCAAAUGUGUAUUUUAUUUUACAAUCAGCUGUGGAGUUUGGGAUGGGAUUGUGGGAGGGUUGGGAGGAAAGGGUUUUUUCAUCAUACCGCUGAUGGGAACCUUACAGAAAUUCCAUAUGCCCACUAUUAUAAUUGUUUCCCCUUUGGCUAUUUCUGGUAACUAUCAUGAAGACAGGAAAAGUAACCUUUCAUAACUAAAUUGGAUAACUUAUUUUACAAAGGUUUAAAACGUUUACAAAGCGGUAUCUAAUUCUAAUUAUCAUUAGUUGCAUUUGCACUAAAUGUUGAUAUACUUUUGCAAAAUAUUCUGUAAAUAAAAUGAUUACACUAAAAAUAUUUGUAUUAAAAAAAGAAAAAUAUACAUUUUACUUUUCAGUAACUGCACUGGUACUUCACUAGAGUUAAUACUGUCCAACCAGAUUUUGAAAUGAGUUGGGGAAUAUGAAGAGUUUAAAAGAGAUCAACAUUUGGAGAGGAGAGGUACUAGGCCUUUUGACAAUAUUUACAUCCUCUAGAAUUAUUUUCUUAUGAUUAAUUCCUACACACUGAAUAGACAUGAUUUCUCAUUCACAAAUAUUUCCUAGUUCUCUAAGGCGCCCCCCCCAACAAAGUAUACAUUUAUUUUUAAACUAUUUUUCUCUUCUAUAACUGAUUUUAAAAAUGUGUCAGUUACUCUUUUGUACUGUGAUUGAAACUUGAAAAAUAUUGGUGAUGGGGCUUUUUAUCCCUGAGUGCCCGCUAUACAGAGCAAGAGACUACAGUGUUUCACUUGAAACUUAGGGCUUCUUAUUUUGUGGUGGAGGGUAGUCAAAGUAUCUCUUCUUUGGAAUUGCCACAGGGCAGCCAGACCAAGGAGGAGGGGACAUAGCUUCCUUUUAUGAGAGGGAAGUGCAAGAACACAAAAUAAGGCAAAGGAGAAAUGGAUUUUCCAUUUGUUUCCAUCAGCUAAUGUGUAUGCCUAGACAACAUCAGUAUCAAGUGCUAUUGAGAAUAUUUAGUUGGGCUGAGCUGGUUUUCUUGUGAAUUUGUGCUGACUAUUGUUAAACUUUUCAGUUCUUUGUCCAUUUAAACACUUUUCACCAAUAUUUAGUCCAAGUUGUACAGACGAUGUAUUUGGAUUAUUGUCAUUGUUUAUCUACAAACUCAAAACAUAAUCAUUUUAAAGUACCUUGGGAGUGUGUAGAGUAUAUUCUAUAAUAGAUUUAUGAUCCUGAUGUUUUUUUAAAAAAAUCAUAAAGUUGGAUCUUCCAUGUUACAAUCACAAAAUUAAAACCAGUAUUUAAAAGUGGAAAAGUAUUAAAAUAUUAUGGACAAAAUGUGUUUGUUUGAUUGU